GGGAUCGACAUACCCGCUGCCCCAGACUGCCGUUACUCGCGAAUCGCGAACGCAGUAAGCGGGACGGUGCUUCAGGAGAGUGACGAUGUGGACCUCACUUACACUGGCCUUUCUCGACUCCGAUCAAGUUGCCGACACUACGGAUUGGACUGCACGGAGAUCGGUCUCACCGUUCACUAAGAGCUCUGACCUCUGGCAACCUGAACUACGGAUACGAUGGACCACACUUCUGGGAGGUGCUCAGAGCUUGUACGAGGCGCCAGUCGGCCAACGGGUGCCGUAAUACGCUCCAAAGAAGAAAUGUCAGCUCAAUGUGGUCUAAACCCGCGAUGUCAAGAUACGCCGCCACAUAUGAUCGCAACAACAACAACUGUAUAUAACCAGCCCUCAUGUCCAGGCUCAUUUAGUUAUUCUCUCCUCAUCUCAGCAGCUUCGAUCACUUCUCACCUUGAGCAUCACAUUCUCUUCUGAGCCAGAGUAUCUCCUUCAACAACAUUCAUUCAAACUUUCUGCUUCCAGCUCAACGCGAGCCUCGUAUCAUCAACAUGCGUUACUCCUUGAACAUCAUCGCCCUCGCGGCUCUCGCGUCGGCCGCGCCCACCACCACCGCGCCCAUGGACUUCGAUGCCAUCAUGGGUGCCGCUGCACCCACCCUGACUGGACCUCCUGCCCUGGCCACUGGCCAGACUGGCGUCUACGACGCGGCUGCUGCAUCUCAAUCUGCCGCCGCCGCUGUCACCGGCGUCGCUUCUGCCAGUGCCACUCAGUCCGUCGCGGCUCGUGGCCUCGACAAGCGCACUUUCUGCUUCUUUGGCUUCUGCUGGGGAUCUCCCUCCACCACUUCGUCCGCCAAGACUACCUCGAUCUGCACUACUUCCACCACUCCCGCUGCCGUCACCACUCCCAAGACGACCGCUCCUGUCACAACUACGGCCGUGACCACUGCCACUGCCGCUACCAUCACCACUGCUCCCACCGCGCCUUCGACCUGCACCCCGGUCAGCUGGACCAACACCUUCGCGUUCACCACUGCUUCUGGUUGCGCUGAACCUUUCGAGGUUGGCACUUACUGCGGAUUCAUCAACCCUGAGGACCCUUGCGCUGUCCAGCCCGAUGGAUACGGUACUCAGGUCCAGCCCGACACCGUCGAGGCUUUCCAGUCUUUCGCCCAGUUCCACAAGGAGGCUCAGUCGGCCGCCAACCCCUCCGGAUACGCCAACACCUUCAAGGACCUGAGCGCUGCUGUCAACGCCAACAGCUACCUCGGUCUCUACACCCUCAAGAGCUACGACGUCGCCGCCUGCGCUGCCAAGUGUGACGCCACCAACCUGUGCACCGGUAUCAACAUCUACGUCGAGCGUGACCCCUCCAUCAACCCCUCCGGCUGCUCUUGCACCAACCCUGCCUCCAUCUCCAACUACAAGUGCACUCUCUGGGGCUCCGGCGUCGACAAGGCUGCUGCUGUCAACACCGGCCAGACUCGUGAUGGCUUCCAGGUCGUGAUCACCGGCUCCAACGGCUACGAGAAGACCAACACCACCACUCCCACCACUCCCUCCGGCUGGACCAACCCCCAGGGCUGCGGCGGUGUCGUCCACUCCCACCCCAGCACCUGCAUGGGACAGAAGUUCUUCCCCGGUCCGUUCGAUGCCAGCCUCUGCGCUACCUACGCCGCUGCCCAGAACGCCCAGAACUCCAAGUCUGUCGGCCUCAGCUCCUGGGCCAGCUUCCUCGGCUACAGCCCUCUGAAGUGCAACUUCUUCAACGCCUUCAUGGUCAAACAGAACGGUAUUGCCAAGGGUACCUACUGCAGUCUCUUCACUCAGCAGUACAACCCCUCUGCUGCUUCUUACACUCCUUCUUUCUCCGCUGGAUUCUCCUGGAGCAUUGAGAGCUCCUGGUCCUUCUGCUCCAAAUAAGCGGGUUUUUUGACAGAUUCGCCUGCUAUUCGCUCAUUAAUCUAGAAUAUGGUGUUGGUUGUAGACUUUGCAUAGUCCGAAUUGUUGGUCACUUCAUUCGUUAAUACUGUACAUUUCAAGGUCAUGGCAACUAGAGUGGGGGAUUUCUAUCACAUAUUUAAUUUAAUCAACUUUCGUUCUCUACAUUCGUCUCAUUCUUUCUCCGCAAUAUGCCACUAUCUUUGGGAACAUGCAAGACUCAGAAGCAAAAGCCCGUUCCAUUUCUCACAUCAAAUUGAACUAAUCUCAUGC